CGCUUGUUUUCAGCUUCAGAAUCCCAAAUGAGUUUCUCUUUUACUAUUCCUAGAACACUUCCAAGAUUUUGGCUAUUCUCUUUUCUGCUCAUCUCGUGUGUUAUCUUUCAUGGCUAUGGAGAUGAGUCUACAAAAGGAGACACUGAAGUUAUACGUAUCGGUGCAAUUAUUGAUGUUAACUCCAGAAUUGGUAGAGAGCAGCAAAUAGCCAUGGAAAUUGAAGCUCAAAACUACAACAACACAUCAAAGACUCACAAACUGGCUCUCUAUUUCCGGAACGCCACCAAGGAAGCCUUCAGAGUCACCUCUCUUGCUGAAGAGUUAAUUGGAAAGCAGAAAGUAGAAGUAAUUAUAGGGAUGCAUACAUGGCAAGAAGCAACUCUAGCGGCUGAAGUUGGAAGCCAAGCUCAAGUUCCAAUCAUAUCCCUUGUCUCACCUGCAAUUACCACACCAUUGACACAGAAACGAUGGCCUUAUCUGGUAAGACUAGCUAACAAUGUGACUGCACAAGUAAAAUGCAUUGCAGACAUAGUGAAUGCUUUCAGUUGGCAAAGAGUAGUAGUCAUUCAUGAAGAUGAUGGCUAUGGUGGUGGAGACUAUGGGAUGUUGUCACUCCUUUCUGAGGCCCUCCGAGACUUUGGUUCGGUAAUUGAGUACCAGUUAGCUCUUCCACCAAUAUCAAUUUUAUCAGAUUCAGAUUCAAGAGGGCUAAUCAAUCAAGAGCUGAUUAAGUUGGUAAAGCAAACUCAAUCUCGUGUUUUCAUUGUUUUGCACUCAUCCUUGGAAAUGGUGACUCAUUUGUUCAGAGAAGGUUCAAAGAUGGGACUUGUGGAUAGAGAUUCUGCUUGGAUAAUCUCAGAGAGCAUAACUAAUUUGCUUGACUCUGUGGACAAGUCUGUUAUUUCCUCCUAUAUGGGAGGGUCUUUAGGAAUCAAGACACACUACUCAGAAAAUAGCAGUGAGUAUCAAGAAUUUCGAGCUCAGUUCAAGAAAAAAUUUCACGCAAGGAAUCCUGAGGAAGAUAACAGCAACCCAGGAUUUAAUGCUUUGCAAGCAUAUGAUAGCAUCAAAGUUGUCAUUCAAGCAGUAGAAAGAAAGGCAAGGAACAAUAGUAGCAGCGCAAAGGUUUUGCUAAGAGAAAUAUGGUCUAGCAGUUUUGUAGGUUUAAGUGGGGAAAUUCAUUUUCAAGCAGGUCAGCUCUUGCAGAAUCCUAUCCUAAGGUUAGUAAAUGCAGUUGGAAAGAGUUAUAAAGAAAUAGACUUUUGGACUCAAGAAUAUGGGUUCACUACAGGCCUGCCUACAGGAAAAAGUGAAGAAAAUGCUACUGCCAGCGCAUUAAGUUUGGCUGGUGUAGUACAAUGGCCAGGGAAUUUGCAUAGAGCUCCAAAAGGUUGGAAUAUGCCUAUUAAGCAAAACCCAAUGAGAAUUGCAGUUCCAGGAAGAACUUCAUUUUCAAAGUUUGUCAAGGUUGACUAUGGAAACAGUCCAGAUCAGAAUAAAUACAGUGGAUUCUGUAUUGAGAUUUUCGACAAGGUGCUUGGGCUUUUAGACUAUGAUCUACCCUAUGAGUUUCAUCCCCUCAAUGUAACUUAUCCUGAUCUGGUUCAACUUGUGUACAACAAGACUUAUGAUGCAGUGGUUGGUGACAUGACCCUACUAGCAGAGAGACUGCAAUACGUGGAUUUUACUCUGCCUUAUGCAGAAUCGGGAUUGUCCAUGAUAGUUCCAAUGAAGUCUCAAGAGUCAGCAUGGAUAUUUCUAAAGCCGUUCACCUGGCAAAUGUGGGCGGUUACGGGUGCAAUCUUGAUUUACACAAUGUUAGUAGUUUGGUACCUCGAACGAGUACCUAACCCAGAGUUUCGUGGCAACUGGAAGAGACAGUUUAGCACUGCUCUUUGGUUUACCUUCUCCUCCCUAUUCUUUGCUCAGAGGGAGCAAAUGCAUGGCAACUUAUCUCGUGUGGUGAUGGGAGCAUGGCUUCUUCUAGUCAUGGUUCUGACCUCAAGCUACACAGCUAGUCUUUCUUCAAUGUUAACAGUUCAACAGCUGCAGCCAAAUGUCACAGGCAUUGAGUGGCUGAAGAUGAACAACAUGAAAAUUGGUUGUGAUGGUGACUCAUUUGUUAGAACAUACCUAGAGAAAGUUGAACAGUUCAAGCCAGAAAACAUCAUCAACAUAAGUAGUGAGUACCAUUAUGAUGGUGAAUUCAAAAACAAUUCUAUCGCAGUAGCUUUUCUCGAACUCCCUUAUGAAAAAGUAUACAUAAGUACCUACUGCAAGGAAUAUUCUGGCUCCACACCAACAACUAGAUUUGGAGGACUAGGAUUUAUGUUCCAAAAAGGCUCCCCAGUGGCCAAAGAUGUUUCUAAAGCAAUAUUGCAGCUGUCAGAGGAUGGAGAACUAACGAACUUGCAAGCAAAAUGGUUAUAUCAAUCAAACGAGUGCAUCAGCAACCCAACGUCCAAUGAUACACACAGUUUGAAGCUUGAAAGUUUCUGGGUUCUCUUUGUCAUUUCUGGGGCCACAACAACCAUCUGUUCACUAUUUUCUAUCAUUCAUUCUCAAAGAUUCUGCAGGUAACUAAAAAUAUGGAUCAAGAGGGCACUGGACCCACAAGUGAUAUGACAGUUUGGAUAAGAACAGUUGAAUUAGUUAAGUAGUUUAAUAGCAGAAAGCUUAUUCAAGAAACUCAUUUGUAUGGGCCCACUAUUAGGGCACAACAAGAUGUAAUUGGCUGUUCUUCCGGAUGGGACUACGUCAGCACCACAGAUUCACCUAUGCAACAAGAAGAUGCAGCAUCCCCAGUAUCAACAGUCAUUGUGCUCUCCGGACCACCACCAGAGGCACAAAUGGAAACCCCUGAUAAUAAAUGACUUACAAAAAGGAAAGUAUAUCUAUCAGAGUCCUAGUUGGCUAGUUCAUGAUCCAAUUAUAGGAACGUGACUGUUGUGUGAAUAGGUAAUGUACAAGUUGUUUGUACUAGAGUGAGAAGCUUUUGUGAUUUCAUAGUGAAUUCUUCAAUGACUAGUCUCUUUUUGAAAUGCCCAAUUAGAAGAUGUGAAAAUAAAUCAGAAAGAAGCCUGUGUUUGUACAGUCCCGAAUCUAAUGGCAUCCAUGAGCAGCUGCUCAAUCUCAUGCCCUUAUCAAUGGCUGGCCAUCCAAAUUUGAGGGGAAAAGAGGAAGAAUAAAAU